CUCCAUCCGACAUCAAACGGCACUCACGACACCCGACAGCGAAACGACGCCUCCGCAAACGCGCAGAAGGAGAGAGAGAGAGAGAGAGAGAGAGAGAGUGAGGAGGUCAAGAAAGGAAAUCAUCCGCAACCCUAUGAAGAGCGGGAAGAAGAAGCCCGAAACUACGGUGGAGGAAGGCGACGGAGUUGAGGAGCGCAGCGGCGACGCCGGAGGAGAAGAGGAGAAAGGAGGAGGAGAAGAAGAAGGGGAGAGGUUGGGGAAGGAGGAGGAACGAGGCGAGGUUCCGAGACUGGAGGAAGGUUUCUACGAGAUCGAAGGCAUCAGGAAGAAGCGAGUGCGCAAGGGUCAAAUCCAAUACCUUAUCAAAUGGCGAGGAUGGCCGGAGACUGCCAACACCUGGGAGCCCUUCGAGAACAUUCAAUCCUGUGCCGAUGUCAUCGAAGCAUUCGAAGAGAGGUCAGCCUUUCCCCGUCGCCGCUUUAAAAAAAUAGCUCUUUGUGGAGGACUUCUCCUUCUUGUUGUACAUCUUUUACUUUCUUUUUUUGGCGAACAUGAGAUCUUCCGAUGGGCGGGCAGGUCGAGGUCGCCGAGGUCGCGGAAACGCAAGCGGAGGCCCGGCGGUCCGUAUGGCAUGGCGGCCCACAAGAAGCGCUCCAUCGAGACCGAGGAAUCAAAAACGGCACCGAAUCAGAACUUACCGACUCAGAAUGGUGCCAGUGGCACGGCGGUGGCGUGUGCAGAUGCUGAUAAAACCCAUGAGCAAGUUGGAAAGAGAGUGGUUGUGGACGAGGAGGUAGGAGACUUGAAAAAGAAGACAAGGACAGAGAAGGUCAAGGCGAUCACUUCUAGAAGUAGACGGGGUGAUGGACAGAACCCGGAGCUUCUUAAUUCAGCAGAUCAGAUAGAGACCAAUGGGCACGACUCUGUGAAACCUUCUGGGGGGCAGGAGGACGGUUCCAUGGAUGGGUUCUCAAAGGUUGAAAGUACUCAGGCUUCUCAGGGCAAUGUAGCAACCGGUGCAAAGAGGAGGAAAUCUGGGUGUGUGAAGAGGUUCCAGCAAGGUUCUGCAACAGGUCAUUGGGACGAGCAACAGAACGCAUCUGUGAGGAGGGAAACUGGAUCUGGUGGCAAAGGUGAGAAAUCAGGGAAUAAAAACGUUGUUUCUGAAUUAGACAACAAGAAUAAGUUGGAUGAUACUGGAAAGCCACCUUCAAUCACAAAGCUCCUAGUGCCAGUUCGCUUCUUUGCUUCCGUGACAAACAAUGUGCAGCAAGUGUCUAUAACGUUCAAGGCUCUAAGAUCUGAUGGAAAAGAAGUAUUCGUGGAUGACAAAGAACUAAAAGCUACCAACCCAUUAUUGCUAAUCAGUUUCUAUGAGCAACAUCUUCGCUAUAGUCCAAAUCAAUGAUCCCUUCAUAAAAGGGUUGAAUAUUCAUUCAUCAAGCUUGCUGGAGCUGAAGAACAUGAUGCAUAGGUUCCUGAUGCCUCAACCUUGUUCUCGGCACAGUUUUGUAUGUAGAACAUUACUCCGACUUGAACUAGUUUUCUUGCCUUCUCCCAUGCUCUAAGCUUGUGUUCUUUUGCAACAUCGGCAACCAACCAGCUGUUGUGUUUCAGAAUCAGAUAUUGUCUGUAUCCCUUACAUGCUAUAUGGUUGUGUACAUAACUCUAUGAUCCAAUUUUGAGACACUGAUAGAUCCAAAGGUUCUGCACA